AUGGAAUUGAUCACGAAGAGAUUCUAUAUCAAUCUCUCCCGCUCGCCAACACCUAUGUCAAACCCCGUUAUUUCCACUGGAGAAAUACCACCACGGAUUCUACCUGCUAAAGUACUCGCAGCAAUCCAGAAGGCAGCCACGGCUCCGCGAUCGGACCUCGUAUCGGUCGACCUCUUACGAGUUGGAGGAUAUCGCCUAUAA